AUGUCAUCAUCAUCAUCAUCAUUGAUUCCUAUUUCAUUAUCUUCGGAUAAUAAGGAUAAACUUGAAAGUUUAAUUAAAGACUUAAAAAAAAUCAAAUGGGAAAAAGGUGAAUAUUAUUUUCAUAAUUUUAUUGAUUAUUAUCAAUUACCACAAAUAAUACGUGUUGAACAAUCAUGGAAUACAGAGUUUACAAAAGAUCAAUGGUUAUAUUUACAAACAAUCUAUGAUCGAUAUUUAAUUAUUGCGUCAUCGUUAACAAAUAAACCAAAAAUUUCACAAGAAAAAUAUCUUAUACCAGAUUGGUUUCAAGGUGAAUGUCGUAUAUUAUCAAAAAAUCCAACAUUAAAAAAACGUUGGUGGGUUUUUCAAGGUGCAUUUGAAUUAUAUCGUUUUGAAUUACCACGUUUAAUUAAAGUUCUUUGUCAUACACCAGGACAUAUGAAAACAACAAAGGAUGAAUGGAAAAAAAUUGUUCUAUGUAAAAAUGCUUAUUUUAAUGUUAUACGUCGUGAAAAAUAUCAAUCACGUAUUAAAAAUAGUAAAGAUGAAGUAUUAAUUAGUGAACCAAAAGAAGCAUUUAUACUUGAAGAUCCGAAUACUAAUGAUGAAUUUAUAAUUCCACCUGGUGUACCACUUCGUUUUGCAACAUUAAUUAAAGAUCAUGAAUUACAUACACAAUAUCAAAAUCAUAAUGGUACAUUCACAUUUCCAGAAAUUCUUAUGCGUUAUGAAUUUCCAAUUGAUAUUGAAAUUCAAACACAUUUACCAACUGAUCUACUUAAUUUUAAAGCGCAAAUAAAAUUAGAAAAAUUUUGUGUUGCUAAAACAGUAUUAGCUUAUAUUAUUGAUAAGGAUCAACCUUCAUUAGUUGAAAUAUCACCAUUAACACAAUUCACUAUUCGUUGUGCUAAAUGUUUAACAUAUGGUUUACCACAACAAGAUCAAGAUGCUGAUGAAAAAUUUGAUGAAAAAGGAUAUCAAUGUUAUGAAGAUAUACGAAGUAAAUUGAAUAGUAUUUUUGAUAGUGUAGCUGAAAUAUAUCGAGGAAAAAUUCAAGUUGGUACUGAAGAAGAGAUUGAAUGUAUUGAAAAAGCUUAUGAAAUAAGUAUGAAAAUGUGGACUAAUAGUAAAAAACCAAUUGAUCAAACUUAUUUGACAAUUGAAGAAGCUUGUAAAGUUAUUAAAGAAACUGUUAAAGAAGAUGUUCCUGUUCCAGAAAUGCAACCAAAACGAUUUACUGUUCAUACUAGUGCUGAUCCAAGUAAUCCGUAUAAUGAAGUUAUUGAUUAUGAAAAUAUGGAUGCUUUAAAUAAAAAGGCGGAAGAAAAUACGUUAACAAAAGAUAAUAAUAAAUCAAAAUCAUCAUUAAAAAGAUCAUCAAGUACUAAACGUGAACCACAAGCAAAUCAAGUAAAUAAACAACCAUCACUUGUUGUUCAACAAUUACCACCACCAAUGCUAUUACCACCUGAAUCAUUUGAAAAAACAAUAAAAGCUAUUCCGGAAAUACUCUAUACUGAAUUUCUUCCUCCUACAAAAGCAAAAAAAUCAAGUAAAACAGCUCAACAGGAAUCAUCAAAAUGA